UCUUUUUUAACAAUUUAUGGACCAGCCGCUCUUUUCCUGUACAAAAUGUCUGAAAAGCUUUCCACAUUCACAGAUGUCACGAUCUGGAACAACUUGCAAGAGCCGAUUUUAAGCAGUCUUUGUAAUUGUUGUGCUUUUAAUGUAAUAUUGCGUAGACCGGGUACUAUCUGCCCUCGCUGUCAGUCAUCUAAAACCAAGUAUGGCGAGCCAAAGCCUUGCACAAUUUGUCUUCUCCCAAUGGCUUAUGGAAGUGCGCUUGUUUGUCAGCGUUGCCUACACUACCGCAAUAAGUUUGGUGAUCCACAACAAUGUCAAAAAUGUUUACAAAUAUGCGCAUUUUAUAAGGAUGAGGUUAGCCGUAGCAAGGUAGAUGGAAAAAUUCUUUGUUGGGUUUGCACAUACGAUUACAAAAUUGCGAAAUCAAAGGAACGUUCUGACAGGUCUCAAUCGAAGCGCAACAGUUUGGACGAUGCAUUCAUGCCUAGGUCCUCUCGCGACUCAUCAAACAUGGAUUCUGCGUAUAACGAGCAUCUCUUGACGAUAAGCCAACUGCAGGAUGACAUUAAAAUUCUGAAACGAAAGUUAGCCCAGAAGGACGCAGAACUCCUAGCAAAAGACAGAAUCAUAGCUGGCCUUAAAUCCGACCUAGACGACUGCGAAUCACAGAAACGGGAACGAGCAUUCAAAUCGGAGCGUAUGGCUAAGGAAGAGAUCAACAGACUUAAGGACACCAUUCGAAACUUACAGAGGGAGAAGGCGGAGCUUUCAAGCGUGCGUUCCUCGAAGAAACGCCGGACCGGCGGUCUAUCCGGUUCUCCGCUCACCCUCUCUCCCCUCCGCGUGCCACCGACGAAGUCUGCGGUGAUGCCCACAUCGGUAUCCACCCCCAGCCUUCGUCGUGCCGCCGCCGCCGUCACAAAGACUGCGGACGAGGGGUCUCCCUUUCGAGGCAGCAAUGCGUCCCCCACACCUCCUCACAGUCCCGAGGCUCCAGUUCACAGAGGGACCAGGGAGCGUGAAGAGGAGGCGGCAGUGGGAACCCCAGGUGGUCCGAGACCCCAGUCGCGAACCAGUACGAGCUCGUCCUUACUCGGAAGAGUCGACGAGGUGUCAGAAGGUGAGGACAAGCAGGAAUCCAGCAGACGCUAUGGCACGGCCACACCCAGCCCUCCGGGCAGUGAAGGCCGUUCCGGCUCCUCUCUUGGUAGGGGCGAUGCUGCUGACACAAGUGACGAGGAAAGCGGGAAAGCGCUGUAA